AUGAACCUUGAUCAAAGGUUACCUGACGGCUUGGAAGCUGCUCAGCUGUCGAGAACUGAAGUUACUGAUGAAAGUCUGUCACCUGUUGGUAAAGCAUUUUUAGACAGAAGUCGCUUAGACUGGCCGUAUCACUGUAUUAGGCACGUCGCCAACCGAAGCAUACCUGAUAAAUGUUUGAUAUUACAGCUGGCAGGAACGAUGCAGAAAAGUUUGUGGUCCGCUGGUGUUCGCUUUAUGUUAAAUGGGGAGAUCCCGUUAACACUGUAUAAUUCUGCUCGCUCAAAACUACGGGUAGCUGUUGCGGAAGUUCCGGGGCCCAUGGUCAAAGGGAUCUUGUCAUUUGUCACUGAAACGCACACCGAUGACGGUUUGCCUCAUACACUGGAGCAUUUGGUGUUUAUGGGCAGCAAAAAAUAUCCUGUAAAGGGAAUUUUAGACAUAAUUGCAAACCGUUGCCUCGCUUCUGGCACAAAUGCGUGGACAGCCCAGGAUCAUACAGCCUAUACUCUCACCACUGUUGGAAGUGAAGGUUUUUUGAAAGUUUUGCCAGUUUACAUAGACCAUGUUCUGUCGCCAACUCUAACUAAUGAACAAUUUAUAACAGAAGUACAUCAUAUUAAUGGAGACGGUAAGGAUGCCGGAGUUGUGUACAGUGAAAUGCAGAAUUAUGAAUCAAAUAUGGAAGAAAUGGUAUCCCGUAAAAGGAAAGAACUUUUUUAUCCUGAAGGGAAUCCGUAUCGGGUGGAAACAGGCGGUCGUUUGGCUGCUCUUCGAACAACAUGUAGUAAUGAAGCGGUCAAGAAGUUCCACUCAGAGUUUUAUCGCCUAGAUAAUAUGAUGAUUGUUGUGUGCGGUACGGUGAAUCAUGGGAGGCUCCUAGACAUAAUAAGUCCUUUAGAAGAGGAAUUAUUAGGCAAAAUGAACUCUUCAUUUUUAAAACCAUUUACCGAUGAAGUAAAACCGAUUGAAGGAGCACACGAGGCUUUUAUUGAAUGUCCUUCGGACGAUGAUGAAUUUGGAAUGGUUCAUAUGUCGUGGGUUGGUCCACCAGCUAAGGAUAUCUACACUUUGCGAGCACUAGACAUACUUUUCGAGUAUAUGCAGAGUACAGCUGUAGCGCCGCUGCAAAAGGUAUUUAUUCAGUUAGCAUCGCCAUACGCGUGCUCAGCUACUCUAAGCGUUGAAGAGCAAACAACUUCGGAAAUACUGUUAACAUUUUGCGGUGUCCCAGUGAAUAAAUUAAAGGAUAUUAAAGGAAGGUUCUUUGAGCAAGUUGUUGCAAAUCAUACGAGUCCUAAUGGAUUUGAUAUGGAAAGGCUCGGUUUCAUUAUUGACCAGUCAAUAUACGAAACUUACGCAAAGAUGGAAAGUUCUGGACAUGAGGAGGUUUUUGACCUUAUGAUUCUUCACCAAAUUUAUGGCCAAAACAAUGAGGAUUUGUCAGAAAGACUAACCCUCUUCACUUUCAGGCUGAAAAAUGAAUCGGGAAACUUUUGGGCUGAUUUGGUUCGAAAUUAUUUUAAUAAUAAUUAUGUGUGCGUAAUUGGCAAACCAUCUGAAGAAAAAGUUGAAGAGUACGCAUCGAUGAUGCACAAGCCCUCUUCAGAAGUCUUAAAUAACCUUUUGGUACGAAACUUAGAAAAAUUUAAUACUUUCAAUAUCUCGCUGCUGAAGAAUUUUGACGACAAGUCAGAUCAACAGCUUCGGUUUUUGGGGAAUCUGAAUGCCUCUGCAUUUGUAUAUUCCACUUCGACAAAAUUUAUUGAUAUUCACUUCAUUUGGGAUACGGAAGUAAUACCUUUUGAACAGCGUCUUUGGUUCAUGCUUUGGUUUGAGCUCAUGUUCGAAAGUCCUGCUGUAGUGGAUGGCAAGAACCUAACGUAUGAGGAAGUGACGAAGUUAUAUACCCGUGAUAUACUAUCGCAGUGUGUCGGGCUUGGCGUGACAUCUAAUUUCGACCAAUACGUUUCUUUGCAGUUGAAGGUGCCCUACGAAAAACUUCCCAUGCUAUCUAAAUGGGCAAAUAUAUUUCUAAACGGGGUCAUCUUUGAUGCAGAAAGAGCACUUGUAGCAGCAAAGAAGCUUGUAGCACGUGCCAUUGAGUUGAAGCGCGAUGGAUAUACUAUGUGCACGAUACUACACAAGAAAGCUAUAUAUGAACCUUAUAGUAAUUCUUACAUGUUUGGUGCUGUACAGUUGGAGAAGUUUCAUAAUGAAGUCAUCAAGCGGCUUGAAGACAACUCCACUUGGGCCUUGGAUCAACUGGAAAGAUUGAGGCGUUCAUUGUUAGUUUCCCCUUUAACAGUUCACAUGCUCUGCGACUACAAACUACUUAACGCAGAUUCUUAUAAAACAACCUGGUCAUUUUUACACGGGUCGCCUGUACUGCCAGAAGAUGAAAUGUUCAAGGCAAGUUUUUUUUUUGCUGGGACUAUUGGAGGGAAUCAUUUACUUGCUAGUGUGGGGUCUUCUGAGUCCUCUUUUUUACAUCAGAGUUUACUUUUCGAUUUCGACUGGAACAGUGAAACUUUGAUGUCUGUGAUGUUAUUGGCACAAUAUCUUUCCCAGACUGAGGGGCCGCUAUACCGAGGAGUCCGCGGUAAGGGGCUAGCGUAUGGCUCCAACAUUUAUGUUCGUCCUGACAAAAAAAUGAUUUCACUUUCCAUAUAUCGUAGCGCUGAUCUGAUUCGGGCUUAUGAACAGUCGAAGAAAAUUGUGGUUGAAACCUUGACGAAGGGGAAGAUAAAUGGAGAUGAAUUUGAAGCCGCGAAGAGAAGUCUUGUUUGUGAACUUGUUGAGGCUGAGGAUACUGUUAAAUCGGCGUUUAAACAAGCAAUUUUGGCACAGUUCCGGCGACUUGAUUUAGAUCACUCAAGAAAGUUGUGCGAGGAAGUAUGGAAUGCGACUGUUGACGAAGUCUUAAAGCUAGGAUCUUCACAUCUUCUGCGAUUGUUCAGUGAAGAAGAAUGUUCUAGAGCUAUUGUUGUGAAUCCUGUUAAAAUGAAAGAAACUGAAAAACACUUCCGAAAUAUACGUGUUACUACCUUAGAUAAUGUUUCUUCCGAGUUUAGUAAUUUAAGUUGGGGUAUGAACUAA